GCCAGUGCGCGAGCCAAAGGUGAAAACGGAAGGAGCGGAUGUUAGGAGUGCUCGGAUCAAAACAAGGAGCGAACUCGCUGUUGACGGUUUUCUUUUAACGGCAGCGAUAAAAAGUGAAUUCUCGCGGUUUUCCAUAAGUGUUUGUGGAGCGAUGGAGGCCGUCCCGCGGAUGCCAAUGAUUUGGCUGGAGCUGAAAGAAGCCGGAGAGUUUGAGUUCAGUCCCGCCGUCAGACAGUACAUCCAGAGGAACUAUGGUGAAAACCCAGAGAACUACAGUGAAGCGCUGAGGAAGCUGGAACAGCUCAGACAGAAUGUAGUGAAUGUUCCAAGGGACUUUGAGGGCUGUAACCUUCUCAGGAAGUACGUUGGUCAGCUGCACUUUCUUCAAAGUCGUGUCCUUAUGGCAAAGGGACAGGAAGCAGCAGUACCAGUGACAUGGACUGAUAUUUUUUCAGGGAGAGAUGUCACACAUGAAGACAUCAACUACGAACAGGCCUGUGUCCUAUAUAACCUGGGUGCUUUACACUCUUUUCUAGGUGCUAUGGAUAACAGGGUAUCUGAGGAGGGGAUGAAGACGUCGUGCACCCAUUUUCAGUGCUCUGCAGGAGCGUUCACAUAUAUUAGAGAUAAUCACAAUUUUAACUACAGCUCUGACGUGAGCCACCAGGCACUGUCCAUCAACAUCAGUCUAAUGCUGGCUCAGGCUCAGGAAUGCCUUCUUGAGAAAACUCUUUUGGACAACAGGAAGAGCUUCUUGAUUGCACGCGUUUCUGCUCAGGUAUGUGACUAUUAUAAGGAAUGUGUGAGGAUGUUGGAGAAUUCAGACUGUGCAUUGGGGAAGAAAGAGUGGAGGAAGCUCAUCUACAUGAAAAUCAAUUAUUUCAGUGCAGUUACACAUUUACACAUGGGCAAGCAGUCUGAGGAGCAGCAGAAGUUUGGAGAAGCUGUUGCGUACUUCCAAAUUGCUCUUGACAGACUAAAUGAAGCCAUCAAACUAAGCAAGGGCCAACAAGACUCUGUACAGGCGGCUCUGAGAUUCACCAUGGACGUCAUUGGUGGAAAGUUUAACUCUGCUAAGAAGGACAAUGACUUUAUCUACCAUGAGUCUGUUCCUAAUCUGGACAGACUAGCUGCAGUAAAAGGAGCCUCCCUGGUGAAGCCCCUUCCUGUAACUCCGACUGACCUUAGUGUCACAGGCCCUGACCUUUUCUCCAAACUGGUUCCUUUGGCAACUCACGAGGCUUCUUCACUUUACAGUGAAGAGAAGGCCAAACUGCUUCGUGAAGUAAUGGCAAAGAUUGAUGACAAGAGCCAGGUUUUGGAGAAGUUUAUGGACUCUCUGAGCUGUGAUUCUGUGGAUAAUUUGGACAUGUUCAACUCUGUGCCUCCUGUGUUAUUGGAGAAAUGUGCAGCACUGAGCGUCCGAUCAGAUGCAGUGAAGAGCUUAGCACAGGCCAUGCAGGCUUUGUCUGGGGUAUACACCGAUGUGGGCUCGUCUCUGGAGGAAGCACGCAGUGCUCUAGCAGAGGAUGAGGCUGGGGAGAAGAGUCUGCUAGAGGUUGUGGGGCAGAAGGGUUUGCCUCCCAGGCCUCCUGCUUUAGAGGAGCUUCAGAAGGAGCUAAAGAAGUAUGAGGCAGCCCAUGAGGCAGCCAGCCAAACCAACACUGAGCUCCACAGAGCAAUGAAUCAGCACAUACCCAACUUGCGCCUUCUCCAGGGACCACUGGAUGAGCUAAGGAAGAACUUGCCCCAUCCACAACUAAGUCAGGAGGACACCGCAUCCUUGGAGACCAUGAAACGGAUUCUUGGUAAGGUUGAUGAAAUGCGUAAGCAAAGGAUCUCCCUGGAGAAGCAGCUCCGUGAUCUCAUUCAGAAAGAUGACAUGACAUCUGUGUUGGUGACCACUGAACGUUAUCAGAUUAAGGCAUUAUUUGAGGAACAAUUGAAAAAGUAUGAUCAGCUGAAGGGAUACAUUGAUCAGAACCUGGCAGCCCAGGAGAACAUUCUGAAAGCCUUAACAGAGGCUAACGUGCAGUAUGCCGUCGUCCGCAAGACACUGACCCUCACUGAGCAACAAUGGCACAGCUCUGUUCAGUCCCUAGUGGCCUCUUAUGAAACGCAUGAGGAUCUGGUGAAGAAAGCUGAGGAAGGCAGAAACUUCUAUCAAGACCUGGACAAAAAGACCUCUAGCCUGCUGGACAGAGUUAAGGCCAUCUGUCAGACCAGAGAGCAGGAGAGAAUUGCCUUGCUGGAGAGGGAGGUGGGAAAGCGGCCUCCCGCCAGGCCCACUGCCCAAAAGCCAGUGCUUGGUAAUAAAGCUCCAAGUUCUGGGUCUGGCCCCUCCAGUCUAGAGGCAGUGGGGCCUUCCGUCACCCCCUUUAGCCUCGGAGAAGAUCUUCCUCAGAAGCUUUGUAGCCUCCCACCAGACAUGGCUUUAGCUGGAGGCUCUAAACUCCCUAACACAAUGCCCCAUGGUGCAGUCCCUGUCACCUGGCCUCCAGGGGCUGCCCCAUUUGCUCCUACUCCAUUUCCAAAUCAGAGAAUGCCACAGUCUCCUUAUGGCCAAGCUCCAGGUGUUCCACGAUCAUCUGGACCUCUUCAGCCUCCUGGACCAGGUUAUACCUUACCACAGCAAUUCCAACCUGGACUAUUAAGAGGUAGCACACCUGUUUCCACUAACCCACAAAACACUUCACAAAUGCCUCCCCAGGGCUACAUGCCACCUCCCUGGCAACAAGCACCUAGUGCUCCCUUUCCUGUGGAUUCAGGGGCUUCCACUGGACCCCCACAGAUUGGCCCACAGUCUGCCCCAAGACCAUGUUUGCUGGGACACCAGGUACCCAUGCCCAGUGGGCAGUUCCCUCUUCCUAUUGGACAACAGAUGCAAGCUGGCCUGCCUCAGUCUUCUGGUCAACAGAUCCCUCCAGGAACCCUGUACCCAAUACCAAAGCCUAGAAAAUCGACAUCCUCACAGAUACCUACAGUUGCUUUUCCUGGGCAAAGCCAGCCACCCAUCCAUCCUGGACAGUUCCAGCCCAUGAUGCCUGGUCAGGGUCAAUUCCCACCAGGUGCAGCCCCUCCUUACUGGCCUUCUGUAGUUCCACAGAAUCAAUCUCAACCUGGUCUACAGACAGUUCAAACAGGACCUCUGCCUCAGAGAGCUCCUCUUCCAGUGCAAGCUCCGGGACAACCUCACCCAAGUCCACAAAACCAAUUCCAUCCAGGUCACCCCCAGGGUCAGAUGAGCCAUGUUCUUCCAUCCUUUCCAUCUUCUCAGCCUCAGCAAAUGCCUGGAUCCUUCCAGAAUCCAAAUCAGACAACUCGGUUUCAGCCUACCCCUCAGAUACCCUUCACCCAAAAUUCCCCAGUACCUUUUACUUAUCAACCCUCUAAUCAGCAGCAAAUGCCUCGUGGACCUUUGCUGCCAUAUAAUGUACAAGCAGGGCCAUCCAACACUCAGCAUGUCAUGGGUCAGCAACCAAUGACCACCCAGUUCAGUCCCAUGUUGCAGCCAGUGAGACCACCACAAAACCAGAACUUUUCACCCCAAAACAUUCCUGCAUCCUCUUCUGGACCAGGUGUUGUCCCAGUGAUGGACAAUCCCAAUCCUCCGGCAGCUGCUGUUAUCCUGACACCUUCCCCUGCUCAACUCUCACCCCAAAAUCAGGCAACUCCUGGGAAUGUCCUGACCCCUUCAUCUACAGGGAAUGCACCCAGUUUCUCACAAUCUGAAGCAACAGUCCUGCCGUCCUCAUUGGAAGCUGCUAAUGAUUUUGUUCAUAACAAGCUGGACAAGCUCAGCAUUUCUUCUCUGGGAGAUGCCCAGAAUAGCCUUCAAUCAUCUCAACCAGCCAAUGGUCAUCUUCAGCCUAAACUCAACCAGUCAGAAGAGCAUGGUAGAAUAGAAAAUGAGAAUAAUGGUAGGGAGUCCACUCUGGAUGGAGGCCAGGCAGUACGUGGGGGAACAUUAGAGAAUGGAAAGGUAAACAACCCAACUCAAACAAAUGAAGAACUAAAGAGAGAUUUGUUAGGUGAUCUGGACCCACUUUGGACAUUAAAUAAGACAUAAAAUGAGCUAAAGUGAAGUUGACAAGUGCCUAACGUAUAAAUCAGUUAGAACUACACUAUUCCUCACUCAAACCUGUAUAUACAGAGCACUAGACACACUCGCACUACAUUUGCUAACACUGUACUUCACCUUCCUAUUUUAAAAGCCUGUGUGCUCACAAUGUAACUUAAACUAAACACUUUGCUGCACUGUGACUAUACAGUUCACUUAUUUCUCUGUUUCUCUUGAGCUUUUAAAAUAGUACUUUAGUAUUUAUCAUGCUGACGUUAAGGCUAAUGAUUUAGGGUAAUGAGCGUGAUGAAAGAGCUAUAACAAUCUGCAAUGCUGAUAAUGAAUUUUGAUAUUAAAUAUUAAUCAGAAAAGGGAUACAGUCAUUUUAAGGAUUACAAUAUAUAAAGGGAUACAAUAAUAUCUUUGUUACAAUACCUAACACAAAAGCUUAAUUACUAUCUUAAAACCGUUCGUCUAUUCUGUGUUCUCUUGUUUUAUUGCUCUUUAGUUCACUGCAGAUUCCUGAUUAUAUGUAUUGUUCUCCUGCAUUUAGCCUUCUGAGUCAAACUGGCACGUAACUUGCUUUAUCUGUUAUUUUCUCUCACGCCUCCUGUAUACAGGGAUUGUUUUCUAGUAUACUCUAAAAAAUCAGAUAUUAAAUAUCAGUCAUUUGA